CAGUGUUCUGAUCUCUACUUCUUACACUAAACUCAUCUUGCUUCUAUUUAUCUCUUUAAUUAGUACGUACGUAGUUCAGUUUAUACUUCCCUUGGGUGUUCAAAUGGCUACUGUUGGGGUUGUAUCAGCAAAGACAGCCCUCCCAGAGGACACGGCUCACGAGGAAUCGCUACUCAAGGCUCAGGAGAUCACUACCAGUGUCAAAGAAGAUGUGGUGACUGCACCACUUGCACCUGAGUCCACCCCAAAGGAGCCGAAGGGAGCAGAAGAGACCGUGGCCGUAUCUGAACCAACCGAGGCAGUAUCUGAGGCAGUCGUGGCUCCAGAACCUGAAGCCCCAGCCGACAGUGAGACAAAGGAGGUUGCAGAAGAGACCAAGGUUGUGAUUGAGAAGCCAACAGUUGCGAAGACCGAAGAGGAGACCCCAAAGGAAACACCAGAGUCUGUUGCUGAGGAGAACAAAGAAGCAAGUGAUUCUGGUGAGGCUCUAGCACCGGGACCAAAACCAGAAACAUAAGCUGAAGUU